UGCUAACGCGCUUUAGUUACACGCCCCCGCCUCAUAUGCGGUCUGGAAUUUCCAAGCACACGAUACAAUUCUGCUCGCGCUGUGAUGGCUCUGGAGUUCGUCUUCUCUGGAAAGCGAGCACUUGUUACUGGGUCGGGCAAGGGAAUCGGACGAGAUGUAGCAAGAGCAUUGUAUUCAAGUGGAGCAGAAGUGGUCGCUCUUUCACGAACAAAGUCCGAUCUAAACAGUUUGCAACACGAAUGCCCUGGCAUACAAACUGUUGAGUGUGAUCUGUCCAAUAUCCAAGAUGCCAUCAAACAGAUCGAGUCUAUUGGAGACAUUCAUCUUCUAGUCAACAAUGCUGGUGUAGGCCAAUUGGAGCCAUUCCUUGAGGUCACCGAAGAGGCCUACGAUCGAGUGAUGAACGUUAACCUGAAGGCAGUUCUCUUCACAUCACAAACUGUAGCAAAAGGAAUGGUGAAGCGAGGUGGUGGUGGUUCUAUCGUCAACGUCUCCAGUCAGGCAUCACAAGCAGCUUUACUAGACCAUGCUGUCUACUGUGCCUCCAAAGGAGGUUUAGACCAACUGUCUCGUGUGAUGGCAUUAGAACUAGGUCCUCACAAUAUUCGAGUAAAUUGUGUUAACCCCACAGUCGUUAUGACUGACAUGGGCAGACUGGGCUGGUCAGAUCCCAAGAAAGCAGCCACAAUGCUCAGCAAGAUUCCUUUAGGAAAAUUUGCACAAGUGGAAGAUGUUGUUCAUGCAGUUCUCUUUCUUCUCAGUGAUAAAGCAGCAAUGAUAAAUGGAGUCAUGCUGCCUGUAGACGGAGGAUUCUUAGCAUGUUAGAGAUGAUGGACAUAGAGGUUGCUACUGCAUGACCAUUGCAGAGACUGUUGCAUGAACAAUUCAUUUCAUUUUCAGAACAUGUUAUUAUGAAAUGGUUACAAAGUCUUAUAUCUUCUUCACCCAU